CUCGGCGCCUUUUUAUGACGCCGUUCAGAAUCAAGCAAUUCACGUAAAGCUGGUGGCGGGAAAUUCACGCAUGGUCCUGCUUAUGAUCUGACUUUAUCACUUUUCUGUUUUUGGUAAAUAGUUUUCGCGUCUGGUGUAAUGGCGAUGCAACAAAACGGGUCCGCGUCCGACAUCCACAAACACAACGAUAGAAGCGCCAGCAAUCACCCGGUAACUACAAACGGGAAUGAAGAAGAUGAGCAUCAACAGACUGGACGGUUCCCGUUUAGCGCCGAACCCACUCUUGAGGACAUUCGUCGCAUGCAAGCAGAAUUUACAGACGAGAGGAACUGGAACCAGUUCCAUCAGCCGCGGAAUCUGCUGCUGGCGCUGGUCGGAGAGGUCGGGGAGGUGUCGGAGCUGUUCCAGUGGCGCGGGGAGGUGGCGGAGGGACUGCCGGACUGGACGGAGCCGGAACGGGAGCACCUCGCUCAGGAGCUCAGUGAUGUUUUGAUUUAUCUGGUUGAACUUGCCGAGAAAUGCAACGUUGAUUUACCCCAAGCAGUUCUGCGCAAAAUGGCCCUCAACAGACUCAAGUACCCAGCCAACAAAGUUCAUGGAUCAGCCAAGAAGUACACCGAGUACAAGGACUGACUUGAUUUAUUUCAGUGCACUAGCCGAAGACCUGCGUUAAAAACUGAACAAGUCUUUUUGAGUGAUGGUGAGGUAUUGUGUGCCUUAAAAGAGUUUUAAAGUAGUUGACUGUGCUCUCAAAGUUACUGAUUUUAGUCCAUUUAAACUUGAGUUAUAUGGCACUGAUACCCUGGUCAAGAGGUUUUACGUUGAUGUUUUUUAUUCUAAUUCUGUUUAAAACCUAUUUGCACAUUUCUCAUCAAUCCUAUUCUUGUAUUAUAUGAUAGCAAACAAAGUUUAAAUAUAGUUAUUUUAUGCAGUAUAGUUUUUUGCUUUGACAAAGUAAAAUGUUUUACACAAACACCACAUGCUGUAAGUUUACUUUGGAAAAAAAUAGUAUUCUUAAAAUACAUUUGCAUAUAGUUUUACACCUGUCUUACUCACUCUCUUGUUGUUCCAAACCUGUACAUUUCUUUGUUUAGUUGAACACAGAAAGAUAUUUAGACAAAUGCUUGUAGCCAAACAGUCCGUGGACCCCAGUGACUACCAUAGUAGGAACAAUUACAAUGGUAGUUAAAAGUGCCCCAAAACUGCUUUCUGUCCUACAUUCUUCAAAAUGAUGACAGAAUUUUUAUUUUUGGGUGAACUAUCCCAAAAAUAAGGUGGAGCAGAGCAAAAAAUGUCACUCAGGAAAAAGGGAUUAAAUGUGCACUUUUCAAGCUUAAAAAAACCCCCCACUUGAUUCUGUUACAUGUUUCAGGCCUGAUUUCACAGACAAGGUUUAAGGCUAGUCCCAGCCUAAAAUGAAUGUAUGCCAUGUCUUAACUGAAUAUAACUUGCCCAGAAAUAUCUUAAAAUAUAUUGGUGCCAUAAUUGUUUUGUCUCAAGAUGCACACCAUUAAUGUAUUCUUCGAAGGCAUUUUUGUUAAAGCGAUAUAAAUAUCUUAAUUCAACUAAGGCAUAGUCCUGGUUUAAGAUGAGCUGUGUCUGAGAAACCGGGCCUCAAUGUUUUAACCAGUCAGGACUUCAUUAGGCAGUUACCAGUUUAAACAUUGCAUUUGUAUUUAAGGAUGCACCGAAAAGAAAAUUAUUGGCCGAAGCCGAAUAAAAAUGAAACACUUGGAUGAAUA